AUGGUUUCUGCUUUGACUCUGGAGGAGGCCAAGCAAAAUCCCCAAGAGAGCAUUCUCUACGAUCUCACACCGUACAACAAGACGAAGCAGUUCGGUUACUCAGCCCUUCUUGUCUUCGGCGUUCUCACCGUCUUCACAUCAACCAUCGCCAUUGUCGCCAAGCUCAACGGGUCCAAUCCCAGAAAGCGGACAACUUCGAUAAAACCAUCCUGGAGAGGCUGUGGUGAAACCUCCUCUGUGUAA